GCGCGUUACGUGACGAGAAGAUGAACAAGCUGUACAUCGGGAACCUGGGCGAAAACGUGUGCCCUUUGGACCUGGAAAGUCUCUUUAAAGAGUCCAAGAUCCCUUUCACCGGUCAGUUUCUUGUGAAGACGGGAUACGCUUUUGUGGAUUGCCCCGAUGAGAACUGGGCUAUGAAGGCCAUCGAGGCACUUUCAGGUAAAGUGGAGCUGCAUGGUAAACUCAUAGAAGUUGAACAUUCAGUUCCCAAAAGACAAAGGAGUCGAAAACUUCAAAUCCGAAAUAUCCCGCCACACUUGCAGUGGGAGGUCCUGGACAGUUUGCUAGCACAAUAUGGAACUGUGGAAAACUGUGAGCAAGUGAAUACUGACACAGAGACUGCAGUAGUAAAUGUAACAUACGCCAAUAAGGACCAGGCCAGGCAAGCAAUAGAAAAAUUGAACGGAUUCCAGCUUGAGAACUAUUCGUUAAAAGUUGCGUAUAUUCCUGAUGAAAUGGCAGCCCAACCACCACCUCAGCAGCAUCCUCAGGGGAGACGGGGAUUUGGGCAGAGAGGUCCCCCUAGACAAGGUUCACCAGGUGCAGCAACGAGGCAGAAACCACAGUCUGAUAUUCCGUUACGGAUGCUUGUUCCAACCCAGUUCGUAGGAGCUAUUAUUGGAAAAGAAGGGGCCACCAUCAGAAACAUCACAAAGCAGACACAGUCAAAAAUUGAUAUUCAUCGCAAAGAAAAUGCAGGAGCUGCUGAGAAACCAAUCACAAUCCAUUCUACCCCAGAAGGGUGCUCAACUGCUUGUAAAAUUAUCAUGGAAAUAAUGCAAAAGGAAGCUCAAGACACUAAAUUCACAGAAGAAAUUCCCUUGAAGAUACUGGCACAUAAUAAUUUUGUUGGCCGGCUCAUUGGCAAAGAGGGACGGAAUUUGAAAAAAAUUGAACAGGAUACCGACACUAAAAUCACAAUAUCUCCAUUGCAGGACUUGACACUAUAUAAUCCAGAACGAACCAUUACAGUUAAAGGCAGUAUUGAAACAUGUGCCAAGGCUGAGGAAGAAAUAAUGAAGAAAAUCAGGGAGUCAUAUGAAAAUGAUAUUGCUGCUAUGAAUCUUCAAGCACAUUUAAUUCCAGGGUUAAAUCUGAAUGCCUUGGGUUUAUUCCCACCUUCUUCUUCAGGGAUACCACCUCCCACAGUGGGUGUUGCUUCAGCCGCUGCUGCCUCUUCAUAUCCUCCAUUUGGGCAACAACCAGAGUCUGAGACAGUUCACCUGUUCAUCCCAGCCUUAGCAGUGGGAGCCAUUAUUGGCAAGCAAGGGCAACACAUCAAGCAGCUUUCUCGUUUUGCAGGCGCAUCUAUUAAGAUUGCACCUGCUGAAGGACCAGAUGCCAAACUGAGAAUGGUGAUAAUUACUGGACCACCAGAGGCCCAGUUCAAGGCCCAAGGGAGAAUCUAUGGGAAACUUAAGGAAGAAAAUUUCUUUGGACCUAAAGAAGAAGUGAAACUUGAAGCUCAUAUAAAAGUGCCAUCCUAUGCUGCUGGUAGAGUUAUUGGUAAAGGUGGCAAAACGGUAAAUGAGCUUCAGAAUUUAACAAGUGCAGAAGUUGUUGUUCCUCGUGACCAGACACCAGAUGAAAAUGAUCAGGUGGUUGUGAAAAUUACUGGUCAUUUCUACGCAUGCCAGCUUGCCCAGCGAAAAAUUCAGGAAAUACUGGCUCAGGUAAGAAGGCAGCAGCAGCAACAGCAACAGAAGUCAGCACCAAGUGGACAGCCUCAGCAGAGAAGAAAAUAAAGGUUUAGUAAAAGACCCUUCAGAGACAGAUGCCAAACCAAAGAGAAAGAGAGACUAAACUGUAAUGGACAGGGUAUGGGCACCUGUUGGAAUGAUAUGCAAAAGUUUCACCAAGCCAGUCAGUUUGUUUGAGGACCAGCCGCAGUUGGCAUACUGUCUCUGAGAAUGUAUUCUUUAGGCUCUCUUACUUUUGAAACCCAGCUUUAAACUAAGGACCCCUUCACUUUCCUUUUGUUCUAUUCUCACAGUUUAACAUAAACUUGCUAGUCUUCUUUUAUUGUUCUUACUAUUCCCCAGCAAUUUUAGACAUUGAUUUAAUGAAGCUUUCUCUUUUGAGUUCACUGGUUUAAAAAGUAAAGGCAUUGCUCUUCUAUUCCACUUGUAAAAGAAGCAGAGAUAAUGGAAGGGUGGGAUUUGGGGAUGGGACUGGAGUUUAGAACAAGGGCAUUGACAAAGAGGUUAAGCGUUAUUCCCAAUGUUAACCAAGUGGCUUUUUUUUUUAACGUUUGGGUGCAUUUUUACACAAUACUGCCAUGUAUAAACUAAGAGAGGUUUCAGUGGUGUUGGCCAGGCAUGAAAAGAUGAAUAUGCAUUUUACUAAACUACCUCAGGCAUUUAAUACCUCAAAUAAGAAAUUAUUCCUUUUUUGCCUUUUUUUUUUUUGCUUUUUUUGUAUUUUGUAUACUUUAUAAAGCUAAUAGUUCUUGAGCAUUUUAUUUUUUUAAAAAAUGAUAAAUUUGAUCAGCCAACAGCCUAGGAGUGCUACAGAAUUUAUUGAGAUGGAACAAAUGUAGAUGGCUUCUAGCUGUUGGCUGACAGGAGUGAGAUGGAAAAAAAAAUAGCCUCAGAUUAUAUCUGAGGGUGUCAACACAAUCAUUUGUUUGUGGGGGGGUAGGGAAUCAGUGAAUGUUCAAAUGAUAACCUAAACAAAUGCCAACAUACUCAUUGCAGCAAUGCCAUUAUUUUUCUUUUAAGAUGGGAUGAAAAAAAUUGAUGGUACUUUGUUGGGAACAGAACAAGGAAGUGAUGGCAAGAGGCUGGGACUUGUGGGUAAAUUUUAGGAAGUCUUUUAGAGACUGGACAUUUUUUCUUGUAUUACUUGAUUGAAUGCAUGAACCCUUUGUGCCUUUGACCAUCACUAUCUACCUACUAAUGCUAAAACAUUUGCAGCCCAUUUAUAUGUUGUCGUUCUGUUUCAAAGAGCAAGCUUCAUCUUCAGUUUGGUAAUAUGCUUGAUCUGUUAGAGCAGUUUGGAGGCAUGGGUUCUCUGCUCUCCAGCAGAUUGCUUCAUACUCUUUUCAGUUACCAUUGUAUUGGGUGAGGGAGGCAAGAUCAAACAUUGUUUGAUGAUCCCAUUUAAAGGUAAUGAAAGGCUAAGUUUACAUAUCCGCUAUUAAGGGCCACACUAAGCCACUUCGAAGGUUUUUUUAAAUAAAAAUGAAUUCAUACAACCUCAAGCUUGGCUUACAAACAAGAUACAGCAGCAUUUAUGCACAUUCUGCAACAACCACGAAACAAGAACAUGUACUAAAAGGCAGGGAUCACAGGAAAUUUACCAUUUUUUCUUUAAUUUCAGAAUGUAAUUUGAAUCAUGAUUGUGGUAAUAUGCAUUCAAGUUUCUACAUAAACUUCAGUCUACCUCAGUUUUAACAAUGUGGCAACACAUGGUGCAUAAAGACUGCUGUGCGUGUGCAUGCCUCCCUGGGUGCACGAGCCAUGCUAUUACCUCGGACCCUUUUGUUUGUGAUGUUUCUGUGCAUGAGAAGAUUGGAACUGCUAUGCUGCACUGUUUGGAGGGGCACAAUUAGCAAAAACAAGUUUGUUUCACCAUUUUGUUGAUCUACCUCUUAGAUUGAUAAGAAAAUAGAGGCAUUUCUACAUAGAAUAGAUCAUUUUCCCAAAGAACGUUGUUGUACAGAUUAGAUAACUUUUUUGGAAAAAAAAAUCUGUUCUUUUUUUUUUUUUUUUUACUGCAUCUUUUCUUUACUAAUUGGGUUAAAAACACAAAUGUAUGUUGUAGUUUAGCAGAAGGAAAGAAAAACAAGUUUCUUGGGGUUUUGGGGGGGGACAGUACUUUACCUAAACUUUAGGAGAUUUUUUUUUCUUACAAUGAACUUACAAUUACUGAAGUAAGAGAAGGACGUAGUGAUUUUUUAAAAUCUGAGUCCAGUAUUCUUAAUAUUGGGAAAGAUUGAUAUGAUUGUUUUCCUUAACAGCUUUAUUUUACAAAAUAAGUACUACAUUUACACCAUCUGACAUAAAUAUUGUCAUUUCUCUUUAAAUUUGUAGACUUUAGUGUGGUAAAAUCAUGUCUUUUACUUUCAAUUGAGACAUGACAAUAUGGAGUAUUUCAUAUAGCUAGGAAGUGAUUCUUUAAAUGACUUCAGUAUUCAAUAAAAUAUUUAUCAUUUUUCCUCUGUAAUGUGCCCCCUAUGCAGCUUCACUUGCCAGAUGCCUCUGAAUGGAAUAAAGAGUUUAACUCCUAUUAUCAGACAAAUGUGUGUUUGUUUUGUUUGGUAAGAGUGAGGGGUUAGCAACCUUUUCAAAAAAUAAAAACUAAAAAA